UGUCCUGCAUGUUUUGGUGGUGUAUUGUAUGGCAAACCUACCGGCGAUGGUGGCGAUAUACAUGUCGCAACAGAUGGAAAUUUCCACCAUCGCCAUCGGCGCUCUGCAGGCGACUGUCCACGGUUCUACAACCCGACUUACUUUCUUCCUAAAGAUUUCGUCAAUGAAGUCGGCCGCCGGAUAGAAUCUCAACGUAAGCAGCCUCAAUGCAAGCAGCCUCCUAGCGCACGUAAACUUGUGCCUGAUGAGGCUAUUGAUCGAUGCGAAAACACUUACAAGGCUGCUGAUGGGAAAAAGCAGAAGGCAGCUAUGGACAGUUUUGACGACACGGGAGUUAUGGCUCUCAUUUGUUGUCAUGACAUUCCCUUAUUCUUUGCUAACAUAGAUUCACCCGGUGAGCAACAGAAAUAUUCUGUUGCUCUUCUCCAACACUUAUUUUCAUUGCUUCCCCUUCAGGCAACUGUUGUUGCCUUAUACGAUGUCGGAUGUGUUCUGGCACGGUCACUUUCAAAGUACAAAAUCCUUCCCAAAGAUGUUAUGAGUUGCCUCCGAUUCGCCACGAUGGCAAUGCACGCGUAUGGACAUGAAUGGGCUUGCCAAUUGGUAUAUAAUCCACGUAUCUGUGUUGGACUUGGGUUGUCAGACGGAGAAGGAACCGAGAGACUUUGGUCACGGUUUGUUCACCUGAUAGGCAUUGGGAGAUCCUCAUCUGUGAGACUCUUUCUUGAUUUGUUAUAA